CCACCUCUCUUUGUCCGGAACUCAGUUGCGUGCUCGCGCAGCCCUGACUCUGUACUGAGAUCUCGCAGCGCGCACGACUCCUCGAUUCUCACUCAGCGUCCCGACUCCACACCAGCGCGAGAGUGGGAGAAAACUUUUCCAAAACUUUUCUUUUCGCCAUUAUUUCGCUUUUUUCCUCUACCGAUGCAACGGCUUUGCGGAUCUCAAACGAAGAAACGGGUUAAGAAGGAAACUUGCCGCGCGGUUUGAUCAUGCGUGCGCGUGUGUAGCGCUUUUUGUUUUUCUUUGAAAAGUCUGAACGUUUGACGAACAGCACAAAGUUUUGACCAUUUUACCUCGUAUUUUAUUUUCUUUUGGUCGCUUUUUUAACACGCUUUACGGGAGUGUUUCGCUCGCUGCUCUGUACAAAGGCCGGGUUUUAUUGCUCAAGAAAAAAUCAGUUCGCCAGACCCGAGAGUCAACGAUGAAGAUGAUGGUUUUAUUUACUGUAUGUCUGUCGGUGGUGGUUUUGGUGUCGGCUCAAGCUGAGCAGAAGUUAAAGAACUGCAAUGAAGUCAGAACUGCAUACAGCUCCAAAGGUUUCAACGUCAACGAUGUUCCCAACAAAGGAGUACAUGGAGCCCAUCUGAAGGUUUGUCCUCAAGGUUACUCCUGCUGUACUCUAGAAAUGGAGGAGAAGUUGAGUCAGCAAAGCCGGACGGACCUCAAAGCCCCCGUCCAUCAACUCAGCUCCAACCUGCAGAGCACCUUCACCCAGAGACAUCGUCACUUUGACCAGUUCUUUAGAGAGCUGUUGACCAAUGCGGAGAAAUCCCUUCACGACAUGUUCGUGCGGACCUACGGCUUAAUGUACGUGAAGAACGCUGAGCUUUUCAAGAACUUCUUCAAAGAGCUGGGUCGCUACUAUGUCCACGGCAGCAGUGCUGUCAACCUGGAAGACAUGUUGUCGGAGUUCUGGACGGACCUCCUGGACCGCAUGUUCCGAUUGGUCAACGUGCAGUACGAGUUCAACGACUCGUACAUGGACUGCGUCAGCAGACACAUGGAGCAGCUCAAGCCCUUCGGCGACGUUCCACGCAAGCUCCGUCUGCAGUUGACGCGUUCCUUCAUCGCGGUUCGUACAUUCACCCGCGGCCUGGCGCUCAUGCCCGAGGUGGUGGGCAAAGUCUCCACGGUAAGCGCUUCUCCGAGCUGCGUGCGUGCGGCUAUGAAGAUGUUAUACUGUCCGUAUUGCACUGGCCAGGUGGCAUUAAAGCCCUGCAAGAACUACUGCCUCAAUGUCAUGCGUGGCUGCCUGGCCAAUCAGGCGGACCUGGACACAGAAUGGAAUAACUUCCUGGAUUCCAUGCUGGGUCUGGCUGAGCGACUAGAAGGGCCGUUCAACUUCGAGUCCGUCAUGGAUCCCAUAGACGUGAAGAUUUCCGAUGCCAUUAUGAACAUGCAGGAAAACAGCAUACAGGUCUCUCAGAAGGUGUUCCAGGGUUGUGGACAGCCUAAGCCCAACAUGGCUUUCCGAUCAAAGCGCUCCCCACCGAAAGACUCAGGGUUCCCCGGGCGUUUCCGACCAUACAGCCCCGAAGCCAGGCCGACUACUGCAGCUGGCACCAGUUUGGAUCGAUUGUUGACAGAUGCCAAAAAGAAGUUAAAACAUGCCAAAAAGUUCUGGUCCACACUUCCAGACACAGUCUGUGUUGGAGAGAGGGUCUCCCAAGGGGAUGAAUGCUGGAACGGCACGGCCAAAAGCAGGUACGAAUCUAUUGUCAUGGGCAACGGCUUGGCCAAUCAAGUGUCUAAUCCUGAUGUGGAAGUUGACAUCACCAAACCAGACAUGGUGAUUCGUCGACAGAUCGCAGUUUUGAAAGAAAUGACCAGCUGGCUUAAAGCCGCCUACACUGGCACGGACAUCUCAGUUGGCACUGACGACACGGGCAGCGGAGAGGAAAGCGGAAGUGGAUGCGACUCACCCUCUUGCGACGGCGAUGGAGACAUCUACUUCUCCACCCCAUCGCCCGUUAAGCCAAAAAUCCAGCCGGUUAAUAAAAACGAGCCACCUUCUAGUGGAACCCAGUUGGCACCCUGCAGCCUGGCGCUGGCAGCCGCAUCCCUCCUGCUGGCCUUGCUCACCCUCCACGCAAGAUAAGAGCGGCCAAUGAGAAAGAGGAUGAGUGUUUAUAACAAUUUCAAAGAGAGAGCAGAAAACUGCUUUAGGACAUUACAAAGACUGCUUUCAGGAUCUGCCUCUGCCUGCCAUCUGGAGAAGACACUCGAGUUAUUAAUAUUCAAAUAACUUUACUUCAGUGUAUUUUUGUUUGUUUAUGAGAACGGACUUCAUGUAUGUACAGCUAUAAGUUUCAUGCAGCGCUACGCUCCCUUGCGUUCGAGUUUUUUUACGUUCGUAAUAGAUGCUCAUUGUGAUCGCUCAUUUGUGUGAAUGGUGUGUGUGUGGAUGGCUGUAUAUAUCGUGAGCGCUAUAAAGGAUUAAUCAACCCGUAUAACACAUGUAUAUGAUUUAAGCAAAUCUGUAUGAAGUACUAAUUAGGCAGAUAUUUUAACCCAUUGUGAGUGAGUGAGUUUGAGUGGGUAUGGAUGCUACAGAUCCUAGGUAGAAUACAAUACGUGAUGCCUUACAUUGGUCCUUUAUCUCAAGGGCUUAAGCGAAUAAGGGCUGUGUCCAACAGGAAUGUGCUGCUUUGAGUCUUUAGCAGAAUCAGGUUUUCUUUUAUUUGUCUCGAUUUCCCAGUUUUGCAACCCCCAUCAGCUUUCAAUGGUUCAGUGAAUGUAUAACUUGAGAAUAUAGUCUUCACUUAUAAUUGAAUUAUGUGGAUUGUGUCACAAAAAAGAGAUUUGGAUAGGUAAGGUAUAUACACAGUAUGUCUGAUCUUGAAAGUUUAUUGAUGAAGAGGCUCUUAUUCGUUCACUGGUACAGCAUACACAUGUAUCGCAAACUAUGUGGCGUGAGAGAAGUUGCCUUUUUCACUGCAUGAAAGUUUAUUUAUGAAUUUAAAUGAGGGUCCAGCUAGACAAGAGUGGCUGUCGUGAUGGAAAUGAAUUAUGAUGAAUUUUACACAGGGUUUUAUGUGGAGGUGGACGUUUAUUGUAAGGUAUAAAACGAUACGAGUGGUACUCCAGCAGAUUUCACCCUACCAAAGGGGUAAGCGGUGCUGAUUUAGGACUUUUUGCCAGUUUUCAACUUUCCUACAUAUUCAGUUAUUUAUAUUGCUUUGUUUUGCAUUGUAACAGAGCUAUAUUUUCAUAGAAAACCAUCUUUGGUACGGUAUUUGAAAUCAUUCCUCAUAUGGCAUAAUAGACUGUGUGUGUGUGGUACGAUCCAUCUCCAGUUUUUUUUUUUACUGUUUUUUAGCAAAUGUGUAACAGUACAGUGUUGGUUGGUCGUGUAUUCUCCACUAAGCUUUUCAGAAAACCAUCACAUUUCAGAAAACUACCCCCUCCUUAUUCUUGUACAGUAAGUUAUUUGACCACGCACCUCUUUUAAAAGGCAUUUACAACAUACAUUCGCUCUACUAGGUAUGUUAAUACCAGUAUUCAGAAUAUUUAUAUCUGUAGAGGAAUGCAUUCAUAUGAUUUCACAAUUGUAAUUGGCUUUAUAUUGGCUACAGAUUUCAUGUAAUAUUUAGAUUUUGUAAAACAAAAACCUUAAUCUUUUUUUUUCAUUGUAGUUUUAUGUAAAGGGGAUUGUGAAAUGCAAAGACAGGGCUGGCCAUAAGUUCUUGAUUGUUCCUGAUGUCACAUGCACUUUUAAUUGGCAUUCAGGUACCUCACAGCAAUAGAGUUUUAAAUGAUGCUUUUAAUCAUAUCUGCAACAUGCAUUUCAUCCUAAAUGUUUUAAUUUUUGUUUCUUCAUUUGAGUAUUCAUUCAAUACAUGUAGAUGAAUGGCCAGUCCUAAGACAUGAAAAGAUAUUUGUCAGGGUUUCAGGGGCAUGGAAAAGAGUAAACAUCUCUGUACAGCAUGUUGAUGCUCCACACCUCAGACUGAUGAUGUAUUUUUGUCCAGGUUGAUUUGUGCCAUGAAUUGGAGGAAAUAAAUAUUUCUGUCCUUUCGAAUGAUGCGUCACGCGUUAAGAUGGCACAAAUGCAAAGACAAGGAUAAGGAAGUGUCCCAAUGUAAAGAUGACAUGGACAAAUCAAGACGUGGACACUUGAUUGCAAUGGAUUGCUACCCAAACCAGUGUCAUCUUUAAUCUGAACUUUAGAUGGACAGAUUGCAGUCGUCGUUUGCCUGCUGCCCUGUACAUCGAUGAUGAAGAGGGUGAGAGAGAAGAGAGACUGAAGACGGACAGGAAGAAAUUGUAAAUAUGAGCAGUCGUUUUAGUGGUCUCUGAGAGAUGUUCAUCCGAGUAUUUGCUUAAUAUGGGAAAAACAAAGACAUAGAUGCUAAAAUUGUAAAAGAAAAGUUAUAUUAAACAUUUCCUAGUCUUGUUGAAAUAAAGACUGCAGAUAUUUAAA